ACUUUGUGCAUUGCUCUUGUUAAAGUGGUCAUCCCUACAGAAAGGCCAUUAUUGCAGCUAAUCCAUCGUAUGAUAGAAUUUGUUGUACGAGAAGGACCAAUGUUUGAAGCUAUGAUUAUGAACAGAGAAAUCAAUAACCCCAUGUUUAGGUUUUUGUUUGAAAAUCAAAGUCCAGCACAUGUUUACUACAGAUGGAGGCUUUACUCCAUUCUACAGGGAGAAACACCGACUAGAUGGAGAACUGAUGAAUUUCGGAUGUUUAAAAAUGGUUCUUGGUGGCGACCACCUCCUAUUAAUCCGUAUUUACAAGGUAUGCCAGAAGAAUUAGCACCACAAGUGGAACAUCAUAUUCCAAAGAAAGGACAACUCUCUGAAAA